AGAUGGGACAGACAAGGAAAGACUGAAACAAGUAGCUAACAAGAGAAGAGGAGAAAGAAAACUUUGGUAGAAUCAGGAAUGAAGUAUCCAGCUCUCCAGAGUAAGUCUCUGUUGGACAUGGAUGUUGCAAACUACUGUGAAGGCCUGGAUCCAUCUUACAGCACACUGGGCUUUGAGAACGCAGAGGUGCUCUAUGGAGGAGGGGACGGUAUGCCGACAGAGCCGAACCACCCCGGUGCAGAUGGGCUCAGCAGUAACUGUGCUAUCUGCGGGGAUAAAGCUACAGGAAAACACUAUGGGGCCUCCAGCUGUGACGGCUGCAAAGGCUUCUUCAGGCGCUCCAUACGCAAGAGCCAUGUGUACACAUGCAGAUUCAGCAGACAGUGCAUCGUGGAUAAAGACAAGAGGAACCAGUGUCGCUUCUGCAGACUCAACAAAUGCUUCAGAGCUGGCAUGAAAAAAGAAGCUGUACAGAAUGAACGAGAUCGGAUCAGCUCGCGGCGGAGUAUUCCUGACUCCCAAGACCUUCCUCCUAUCACAGUUCUGGCACAGGCAGAGUCACUAUCCCAACAGAUCACUACUCCAGUGGUACUAACGGACACAUCGGAGAUGAAGUCGGCCUCUGUAGCGGAUGUGUGUGAUUCCAUGCGGCAGCAGUUGUUGGUUUUGGUGGAAUGGGCUAAAUAUAUUCCUGCUUUUGGGGAGCUGCCACUAGAUGAUCAGGUGAGCUUACUCAGAGCUCAUGCGGGUGAACACCUCUUGCUUGGGGUCGCUAAAAGGUCAAUGCGAUUCAAGGACCUUCUUCUUUUAGGUAAUGGCUGCGUCAUACACAGGAACAGUCCUGAGCCUGAGAUUUGUCGGGUCGCCAACAGAGCCUUGGAUGAGCUGGUCGGACCAUUCCAAGAUAUCCAGAUAGAUGACAAUGAGUAUGCAGCUCUCAAAGCGAUUGUCUUCUUUGACCCAGAUGCCAAGUCUUUGCGGAACCCCUCAAAGAUUAAGGCUGUGCGUUUGCAGGUUCAGAUGAGUCUAGAAGACUACAUUAAUGACCGUCAGUAUGACUCCAGGGGUCGUUUUGGAGAGCUCCUGCUUCUGCUGCCAACCCUGCAGAGCAUCACCUGGCAGAUGAUUGAACAGCUCCAGUUCAUUAAGCUCUGCGGCCUGGCCAAGAUAGACAACCUCCUGCAUGAAAUGUUGCUGGGAGGACUUGCAUCAGAACCAUCACACCUGCACCACCAGGCACACACCCAGCUGGCCCAGGACCCCGUGACUGGACACACGCUGGUCAUAAGCACCAUGCCUGUCCUGCACGCUCCACAAAUAGCUUCCCCAGACACUCCCAUCCCAUCACCCCCACAGGCUCCUGCUACAGAAAUAUACAAACCCUUUCCACAGCCUCUGUGUCCUCCAACCAGCCCGUCGCCGUCCACACAGACAGAUCCCUGAUCAACCAUAUUUAUCUUCUGUUUAUCAUCCCAGCAUGAAAAUAAUGAAGCACCCUGUGAUAUGUGCAUUUACCAAAACUCUGGGUUGUAUCUUUUCUAAAAAUGUACAUACCGAAUGCCUAAAGUACCAGCACACCUUUCUCAAGAAAUAACUCAAUAAUCCAUAAGGUGUACUAAAACGAGUCUCAUCAUCCUGCAGACUUCAUCAUCAGGAAUGAUGUGUCUUUGCACGUGUAACUUUCAAUGAGGGUGAAGCCAUUGCUUUCAACGGUCAUAUGUAAAAGCUAACAUUUUGAAGUCAUGCAACUGUCCUCAGGAGGAUUCCUGAGCUCCAUCAAACAACUCCCCACACACAAAAGGAGAAACAUUCAUAAGAUUUUUUUUUUUUUCACUACAUAUUUGCUCUUCCUCCAGCUAUUAAACUCACUUGCCAAGAACAAAUAAAGCAUGAAUGCGCGCUGAGUUCAAAGAUUGCUCUUUUGUUUUGUAAAAAACAGAGAGGAACAAGGGAGGGUGGCAAACAGAUCGAAUACCUGCAACAGUUUGCCCUGUUGGUCUGACAUGACCCGACCGUCAGCCAAAUCUGGGGUCAAAGCUGCUUGUUUGGUGGAGUGGGGGGGAAAAACCCUGCAGUGCAACAGCACAUAUUAAAUGUGACGAUAAAAAAUAGAGGUUUAGAUUACAUCACUGUGUGAGGAUCAAUAAGGUGAGGCUGCCUGAUUGGCACUUUGUAAAUUUAUACCAAUUUAUAAUAAGCACAAGUAUUUAUAAUAUUAGGAAAAGCUGUAGCCAUUUAGGAAAAUAAAAGUGGCAUUUGAUUGUAUUUAAAAAUAUAUCUCCUUAAAAAGGAGAAUGUGUUUAUUUUAGAAUUUUAAAGACACCUUUUGCAAAGAAACUUUGUAAACAAAGAUACCUCAGAUUUAGAACAACUCACCACCAAGUUUAAAUUUAUUAAUUUAAUUAUAAUUUAACCUUAUUAGUCAGCCUUUUUUCUCUCUUUUCUUAUCUGUUAUUAUAGAAAGGGAUAAAAUAAGCAAAAUUAUCGUUAUUCCUAAACCUUUGUUAGGUUUAUUUGCAUAUGAUGCAUUCAUUCAGCAGUUUCUGGUACUUUAGCUCUUAGUCCAUGCAGAAGAAAUUAACAUUUCAAUGUGCGGUGUGAAAAAAAGUGAUUUAUGGAUUUAAAAAGGAACAUAAUGGAACUUUGAGUUUGUGGUUCUUGUAUAUUAACUCAAUGUAAAUGUUAUAUUUUGUUCUAUUUUGAUAUAUCAGACAUUUUGACAUUAAUAAUGGUUAUAUUUUUACAGUUUAGCAAAAGCUGAAGUACUGAAUAUGCAAUUAAGCAAAACAAUAUGGAAUCACAGAUUUCAAGAAAAAGAAAAAACUGUAAAAUAUGAUAAUCUCAAAUUGAAUCUAAUGUUAAAAACUCAAAAUUUUGGGGGGAUUUUGAUUUUUUAAAAUCAUAAUGUAAAAGAAUGUAUCAAAAUUAUUGUAAAAAGCUUUGAGGGUAGAACUUAUUUAACUUUUGAAAUGUAAAAUAUGUAAAUAUAAGUGAUUCUUUUGUUAACCUUGUGUUAAAACUUGCUUUAAUCAAGUACAUUCACUUAGCUAUGUGAUUGAAAUCAUAUAUUGAUUUAAUCUUUUAAUGUGACAAUUUUUUCACUCUCCUGAUGUCUCAAAUAGAAAAAUAUCAAAUUAUAUAUAAUGUCUUGUGUGUAUGUAUUCAAUCCUUCUGUUGUUUGAUAAAAAAGUAACAAAAGUUUAAGAUGACAACAUAUUUGUGUCCAAUUAUUUUCUGAAAUAAAACAUAUUUGGGGAAGCAAUCAAGUUAAAAGGAUGAUGAGGAACUUACAGAAAUAUAGUUUUUCUCCAUUUUAUGAUGAUGUGUGCGGUGUCUAUUACUCCCUUCCUGCUCCAUCAAAGCUCCACUGCCUGAAUAUACAUGCAAUCUCA